CGGGGGAGCUGCAGCGACGGCGGCCGCGGGAGCAGGGCCGGCCAUGGCGGUGUGGACACGGGCCACCAAAGCGGGGCUGGUGGAGCUGCUGCUGAGGGAGCGCUGGGUGCGGGUGGUGGCCGAGCUCAGCGGCGAGAGCCUGAGCCUGACGGGCGACGCCGCGGCGGUCGAGCCUGAGCCGCCGGCCGUCGCCUUCAACGGUCUCCCAAACGGCGGCGGCGCCGGCGCCGGCGGCGACUCGCUCCCCGGGAGCCCGAACCGCGGCCUGGGGCCGCCCAGCCCGCCCGCGCCGCCCCGGGGCCCCGCGGGGGAGGCGGGCGCCUCGCCGCCGGUGCGCCGAGUGCGAGUGGUGAAGCAGGAGGCGGGCGGCCUGGGCAUCAGCAUCAAGGGCGGCCGCGAGAACCGGAUGCCGAUCCUCAUCUCCAAGAUCUUCCCGGGGCUGGCGGCCGACCAGAGCCGGGCGCUGCGGCUGGGCGACGCCAUCCUGUCGGUGAACGGCACCGACCUGCGCCAGGCCACCCACGACCAGGCCGUGCAGGCGCUGAAGCGAGCGGGCAAGGAGGUGCUGCUGGAGGUCAAAUUCAUCCGAGAAGUAACACCAUAUAUCAAGAAGCCAUCUUUAGUAUCGGAUCUGCCAUGGGAAGGCGCCGCUCCCCAGUCACCAAGCUUUAGUGGCAGUGAAGACUCUGGUUCUCCAAAGCAUCAGAACAGCAUCAAGGACAGGAAGGUCAUCCCUCUCAAAAUGUGCUUCGCUGCUAGAAACCUAAGCAUGCCAGACCUGGAGAACAGAUUGAUAGAGCUACAUUCCCCUGAUAGCAGAAACACCUUGAUCCUACGCUGCAAGGAUACGGCCACAGCACACUCCUGGUUCGUAGCUAUCCACACCAACAUAAUGGCUCUCCUCCCACAGGUACUGGCUGAACUCAAUGCCAUGCUUGGUGCAACCAGUACAGCGGGAGGCAGCAAGGAAGUCAAGCAUAUUGCCUGGCUGGCAGAACAGGCAAAACUAGAUGGUGGAAGACAGCAAUGGAGGCCUAUUCUCAUGGCUGUGACCGAGAAGGAUUUGCUGCUUUAUGAUUGUAUGCCAUGGACAAGGGAUGCAUGGGCAUCGCCAUGUCAUAGCUACCCUCUUGUAGCCACAAGGUUGGUUCAUUCAGGUUCUGGAUGCCGGUCACCCUCCCUUGGAUCUGACCUGACCUUUGCUACCAGGACGGGCUCACGGCAGGGCAUUGAGAUGCACCUCUUCAGGGUUGAAACACAUCGGGAUUUGUCGACCUGGACCAGAAUACUUGUUCAGGGUUGUCAUGCUGCAGCUGAGCUGAUCAAGGAAGUCUCCCUAGGCUGCACCUUAAGUGGCCAAGAGGUAAGAUUCACUGUCCACUAUGAGCACGGGUUCACUAUCUCCAGAGACAACGGAGGCUCCAGCAGCAUAUUGUACCGCUAUCCCUUUGAACGACUGAAGAUGUCUGCUGAUGAUGGCAUCAGAAAUCUCUAUUUGGAUUUUGGUGGUCCUGAGGGAGAACUGACUGUGGACCUGCAUUCUUGUCCAAAGCCGAUUGUAUUUGUGUUGCACACAUUCUUAUCCGCCAAAGUCACUCGCAUGGGACUGCUUGUAUGAGCAGCAAGAGUCAAGAAAGACCUUGACUGCCACAAGAAGUAUUUCCACCUCAGAAGAUGAACAUUUUUAAAAAGCAACAACGAAGAAGCACAAAAAGAAGCCCUUGCUCUCCUCCAUCACAGUGCCUUCCCAAGGACCUGCAGACCACUGCUGGGCCACAACAGGGUUUAAGGAGGGGCUGACCUUUCUCACACAGCCUUGGUCAGAAACUCUAGAACUGUAAUGAGCUCCAAAUCGAAGCUGUUGAAUUAUCGUCUCAUUUCAUAAUGUGAUCUCUAAGUAAUUAGGUUUAUUUCCCUUGUUAUGAAGGCUGGCUCUUUGGGUUUCUCUUUGGACAUAAAUAACCAAAAGGGGUUCUUUUCUUCCUGGGGCUUAGCCUUGAGCUCUUGAUACGAUGACCGUUGCUCCGCAGGUGCUGGCAUGGAGCAGCCCGUUCCUCGGGCAUACCCCACACAGGUCAGUUACACCGCGGUGUUACUGUCCUCACCUGGAAGUGUUUGCACCGCAUCCCCACACUCCCCACUGCAGCACCAGCUCUGCCACUCCAAAGUGCUGCCUGUAGGACUCAGAGCCUGCAAGGUCUGGUUGCCUUCGCCUUCACUCCCUUUUUCAUGGCGUCCAAGUUGAAAAGCAAGUUGGAAACCACUGCUCUAAAAGAGGAGUUUUGCUUCCUUUAGUUUUUAUUGAGUUUAAUUUGGUAGGAGUCAGGGCAUGGUCUAUGGUUUAUUUUGAAAGAAAGAUCCUCAUUUUAAGCUAAGCCAUUUCUUAUUGCUUACCAAAUGUGCCUUUGGUUAGGGUCAGUGCAGCUUUGUUAGUGACUUUAGAUGGCUGGAUCUCACUGCCACUCCAGGAAUACCAACUAGCUUUGAGGUUGGUUCCUCAAUGACAUCAUUCAGGGGUGACUUUGUGUAGGUCAUUAGCCUGGCAGCACAGAUAUCCUGUCGUGUGGCCCAGGGCACUGUGAGGCCAGGAGAGAUCCUGCACUGGUCUUUUGUGGCCCCAAAGUAGUAAGGCCAAGUUGCCUCCAGCUCAAGGUUAACACUGGCUUCCCAACACACCUGGGUGGGUGAUGAGAGAUGCAGCAAUGUUCGCCUGUGUUUUAUUGAACAUGGCCAGCUGUCACCAUGACUCAGUGUCAGUGUAUCCUGGAAGAUCAUCCUCAGCUUGCCUGUCCUGGUUUGGAAGGAGAUAAAUGUGUCUAGAAACAUGUGAAAUGCUGUCUACACAACAUAUCCAGAUUAGCCCAGCCCUUGAAUCCGAACAAAAAGGAAACAUCGACUUAGAGUUUUCUGUGCUCUCUGAAAACAUCUAGAUUUCUCUGGGGUGCUACACGACAAUGUGACACUUCCAAAGGGGUAGAGGGAGAAAAGACAGCUGUUCCUGCGGAACCUGAGCUGUGUAGUUUGAGUGCCUUGGCAGACAGGUCAGCCACAGGAAAGAAGAGAUGGCCCAGCAGGGGUGUAACGCUGCUGUCCUGGCUGCCCUUGAGUCAGCCAUCCUUCUGCUCUUCAAUCAGACUAACAGUAUACAGAGGUUGGGGAGCAAUGUCAGCCCCACCCCAACUUCAGAUAGGUACUGGAGCACAAAAAUGAAUAUUGGGAUCCAUUUAAAACUGAAAAUUAAAAAUUUAAAAACAGCUUUCAAGAACUUAAAAAAUUUUUAUAGUAACCCUGACAUUGGUUCCAUCCAUGGCACAUCUUCAACUAACUCAAAGAAAAAAAAAAAAAAAAAAGUUAAAGGUCUAGCUCUGAGUUCAGAAAGCAAAACUUCAACAAAUAACCUCAGGCCAAGAGCUUGGCCACUUUUGUUACUCUGAGCUACAAAUGGCUCAGGCUUCCGUAGUAGACUUGAAGUCUUCUGUGUUGGCAUGAAAAGCUAACCCACCAGAGAGACUGACAGGAGCAUCUGCCACCAAGAGCCGUAAGCAGGUGGGAUGAACGGCAGGUAAGGUGUGCAUCUGUUUUGGCAGAGGACUGUGGCCCAAAGGGUUUUUGUUUUGUUUUUGUUUUUUGUUUUUUUGUCCAAAGGGUUUUUAAUACUAUCAGUUGGAUCUUGUAAAAUGAAGGCUUACCGGUGAUUUCUUUGUCGUUAGCAGCCCCAAGAGCAAGGGUCCUAAGCUGCUUGUUUCAGAAGCUGUAGCAGCCUCCAGGCAUGUGGUCAAUUAAGUGUGUGGAAUUUUUCAAACCACAAGUGGAAUGCUUUUUGUGAGUGCAAGACACUUUGAUAUAUACCUAUGUUAUCAAUUUUGUACUCAUAUGCCAAAAUACAGCAAAAUAUUUUCAAAUAAUAACUAAAAAUGAGCAUCUUACGAUUCGCUUCGUCUAUAGAAUCAGCUAAAUUGUCUUCUUUAUUUUGAACAUUGUUGGUGAUAUUUUGGGCUCCUGGGUGUCAAGUGGACAGGAAACUGCAGAGCACCCCCUGUUCAGAUUGGCCACUUUCUAGGCAUCCACAAGGCUCCCAAACCAACCCUGCAUAUGAGAAAUCUCCUAUAAGAAAGAGGACUAAAGAAAGCUGAUGUUUAUCAAUAAGCCUUGCUUUGAAAUUGGUAUCUCAUAUUUUAUAUAAGGAAAUGCUCAUGUGUAUAUGCUGUAUUUAUUAAUAAUUAUAGCCAAAUUCACCGAUUUGUGGACAGUUUCAGGUUAAAUUUUGGGACUUAUGUGGGAAAUCAGAAAUGUUACUUUAAAUGUUGUCUGCCUCCUUUGAAGCCAUGUUUAGCACUUUUUAAACUAAGGUGAUUCUGAGUGCCUGAUGGGGUUUUGGUUUUUGUUGUUGUCUGAACUCUCAAAGUUUGCAUGGUAAGAGAGAUUGAAUUAUUUAUUUUUUUGUAUGUAGAAAAAUCUCUCUAACCAGCAAAUAGCUAACAUCGUUACUGAUUUGUUUUCCUAACUUAUUCUCCUGAACAAAAUGGUAGCAAAGCUUUGUUCAGCUGAAUAAAUGCACUUCGCUGAUAAACCAAAAUUUAUUCUUUCAAAAUAAGAAAUUAUCUGUUAUCACCAAAAAAAAAAAAAAAAAAAAGCAAUGUGGAAUCUGAACACCAUUCCCCCCGCCCCAAAGAAAAAGGUUUUAAUAUGAGUAGUUUUGAUGAACAAAAAUGUGUGGGGAAAAUUACUGAUUUCUUAAAAUUUUUUAAGAAACAGUCUUCUUGCUUAAUAUGAAUGCAUGUGGAUUUGUUUGUUUUCAAAACCAUGGAAGAAUCUGCCCGUGUGUGUUAUGCCCUGCCUGCUAAAAGAGUUAACAGUUUUGAAGUGGGCAGGGCAGAGUAGUAGACUCCAGCACUUUCUCUGUUCUUUUGUGUCUUGUCUUGGACACCUACCUGGGUCUUUUUUUUAUUCUCACUGGUUCAAGCUAUUGAUUGUUCACUAUAUUUAAACCAUCCAAACAGUUUGCUUCCCUUGCCAAGUGGCUGCUAGCAGCUCUAGAUGCCGAGAAUGAACUAGCUCCUUAGAAAGCUGGGCUCAGUGGUUAAGAGGGCUUGCUGCUCAGUCAUGAGGACUGGAGUUCAGAUCUCAGCACCCAAGUCCGAUGGCCAAGGAAAGGGAGUGGUGGUGGGGUCUAAAUCUCUAAUGAGGUCAAAUGCCAGGUCACUUAGUUCUUAAAAGCACCUUACUCUGGAUGGAUUCUAGUAUGUAACACUACAGUGGGAAUCUGAGUACUUGGGAAGCCAGGUACUAGGGCUACACUGCAAGACUCUCAAAACAAUGAAAUAAAUUCUAGUACUUGGGAGCUGCAGGCAAAGGAUUCAAGAUUAGCUGUAUAGCCAAUUCAAGGCCAGCUGGAUUACUUGUGCUUCUGUAUCAGUAAAAAAGGUAAACUGAGGUUGUGUAAACUUUGUUGAUUUUACUGUAGCCAUGCUGUUUCAGAUGUUUCUGUCAGGCACAUGUUCCAAAUGGUAUUAUAUUCUAUCUGAGUUUAGGAAUCUUUCCAUGACAUUACUUUUGUGACUUUUCCUCUACUGAAGAUGAAAGAAAUUCCAUUUUCCCAUUGUUCCUUCUCCAUGCCCUUGUUUUAGUUGCUUAGUAAGUUAGAAUGGUUUUGAGUUUCUAAAUACAAUCCUUAAAAGCUGAUAGCAGGGCUGGAGAGAUGGCUCAGAGGUUAAGAGCACUGUCUUCUCUUCCAAAGGUCCUGAGUUCAAUUCCCAGCAACCACAUGGUGGCUCAAAACCAUCUAUAAUGAGAUCUGGUGCCCUCUUCUGUACAUGUGCACAGACAUUGUAUGCAUGAUAAAUAAAUAAAUCUUAAAAAAAAAAAAACAGCCAAAAAAAACCCAAGCAACAACAACAAAAAAUUAAAAAAAAAAAAAAAAAGCUGACAGCAGUCCACCCUUUAAGCUCUAUCUUUCACUGCAUUGAACGCUAGACAUUCACUAAGGGUGUGAUCAUUGGUAGAAUCAUGCUUCAUGUCAGGAUUAUAUAUCUCCAAGCAACAUGGUUGUUACACAGUAUGAUAUAAUUGGAAUUUAUUUGCUCUAGUAAUUGGCUGCCUAAGUAGCUGAUCUGAAACUGGUUCAUCUUUUUAAAACAAUGAUAUGGCCUGGAGGUUAGCUCACUAGCAGAGCAUGUGCAAGGCCCAGAGAUCCUCUGGAACACCACUAAAAACAAACAGAAACCCACGUCCAGCCAGUCAGUGACACAAGUUUAUCAAAGGUGAGAAUUUCAGGUUGAGGUUCAGAAAGAGCAAACAGCCACAAGGAGCACAUUAGUUAGAUUUUUGUCUCCAGCAGUGGCCAAAUCAGCUAGAAAAAAUGGUUGUUGUAUUAACUCAGAAAAUAGGAGUUCUGAGUGCCUGAUAGGGUUUUGGUUUUUGUUUUUGUCUGAACUCUCAAAGUUUGUUACUGGAAAUUAUUUGCAUGGUAAGAGAGAUUGAAUUCUUAUGGGCGGUGGUGGUGCACACCUUUAAUCCCAGGGCUUGGGAGGCAAGGGCAGGCAGGUCUCUGUAACUUCGAUGCCAGCCUGAUCUACAAAGUGAGUUCCAGGACAAGGCUACACAGAAAAACUCUUAUCAGGGAAAAAAAAAAAAACAAAACAAAACAAAACAAAAUAGCAACAACCAAAACAAAACAAACCACAAAUUAUUUCUUCUUUUUUAAUGCUAGGUGAGGUGUUGGCAUUGAUCCCAGGGCCUUGGGCAUGCUAAAUAUACAGUCAGUACCACUCCUAUACUCAUGUUCCCAGCCACUUUGGUUUUAGAACAAAAAGUUUCGGUUUUCGUCUUAGUUUUUAGACACACUCUCAUAUAACCUAUGCCAGCCUCAAAUCACUGACCCCCCUGCUUCCAACUAAUUGCUGAGAAUCAUAGCUGUGCACCAGCUUCAAAAUGUGAAGGUGAACUUAAUUUCUUGCCACCUCUAUUUUUCCAUCCCUCUUAGGGUGACUGGAUCAAAACAUUUUUCUAAGAUUUAUUUAUUCUUAUUUUGUGUAUAUAAGUGUUUGCCAGCAUAUGCACCAUAUAUGCACAUGGUGCCUGGGGAAUCCAGAAGAGGCCAUCAGAUCCCCUGGAACUGAAGUCAGACAAACUUCUAAGACCGUGAGGUGCUGGGAACCCAGGUCCUCUGUGGAGGCAGCAGUGCUCCUAACCACUGAGCCAUCUCUCCAGUCACAGUACAUGAAGUUCAGUUCCAGCACUUGGGAAGGCUGUGAGGCAAGGAAGAUAAGGAGUUAAAAGUCAUAUUCAGCUAUGUAGAGUUUGAGGUCAGCCUAGGUCAUGCAUGAAACCCAGCUCAAAAAUUUCCUUUGUGAAUUUAACAUGAUAUAUAAACGUGCCUUUUGCAAAUUAUUCUUUGCUCUCAAAUACCAAUUGGUUAGAUAUAUAUUUUUAAAUCUAUCAUAUUACCAGACACAUUGGUUUAAGCAGGGAGGCAGAGAAAGAUCUCAAGGCCAGCCAGGUUUACAUAAUGAAUUCUAGGCUAGCCAAGGCUACACAGUCAGACCCUGUCUUAAAAACACACACACACAAAGGGGUGUUUCCAGCACACUCUCUGUGAACUCAAAGCCAGCCUGGUCUACAAAGUGAGUUCUAGGACAGCCAGGGCAGUUAUACAGAGAAACCCUGUCUGGGGGGAAUUUGUAAUAGAUGUUUCAUUACUUCAUUGCAAGAUUGGGAAUUCUGGUUGGAAACUUCGAGGCUAAUUCAUGGUAUAUCCCUAUCUUUCAAUCAACAAUCUUUUUUUUCUUUUGAUUUUUUUGUUUUUGGUUUUGUUUGAGACGGAGUUUCUCUGUGUCCUGGGCUUGCUUUGUAGACCAGGCUAGCCUUGAACUCACCUCCCUGCCUCUGCCUGAGUGCUGGGAUCACAGGCGUGCACCACCAUGCCCAGCCACACAAGCAUUUUGUAAUGUAAGCCUCUGUGUCACUUUUGCUGAAGGGUCAAAAGGAAACCUCUUGGGCCUGCAAGCCGCCUCAGCAAGUAAAGGCCCUUGCUGACAGGACUGACAGCCUGAAUUCAGUGCCCAGAACCCACAUGGUGGAAGUAGAGAACUGACUUCCAGAAGUUGCCCUCAGACCGCCCUCAUGCUAGAGCACCCACCCAUGUAAGUUAAAUGUAUGUGGCAGGGAGAAACUCCAUGGAUUCAAUUUACUUAUAGUCCCUUAUUGCCCAGUCACACCAUGUCAUCUCUUUAUUAGCUACUUUGUUUUUCUAUUAUGCGUGUAGGUGUUUUACCUGCAGCAGUGUGUCUGUAUUUGUGCAGUGCUUGCAGAGGUCAGAAGGCACCAGGUCCCUGGAAUAGGAGUUACAGAUGGUUGUGGGCUGCCAUUAGGGACUGGGAGCAGGAGCCAGGUCCUCUGAAAAAGCAGCCUGUGCUUGCUAUGCUAUCUUCAGCAGCCACUCAGUAUGUUUUCCCAGAGUCCAUCAUUGCACUUAGCUUGAGCCAGCAAACCUGCCUGUAGGCACAUUCAGGCUCUGACCAUGUUACAUGGAAAGUGCAUCCAAGCAUGUUUAAGGAAGCUGCAGUUUUCAUCAGGCAUAAUUUUUUAAUGGAAACUUAGACUUUAGUUUGGGAAGGAGACUAUUGUAGGUCCCUCAGUAAGAUAAAUCACAAAAGCAAAAAUUAAUCUUUAUUGCCAAAUGUAGAAAAAUGGGGGAAAGCCAUUUUCAUUCUUUUAAAUAGGCAGCAAAGCUUAUUUCUAAACAUUGCCAGCCUAUUCAUUUCCAUACAUACUAUUUAAGCAUCUUCUUUCCUCCUUCCACCCCUGGAUGGGGUUUAGACCAGGCUGGUCUCGAAUUCGCAGAGAUCCACCAGCGUCUGUCUCCCUGGGACUAAAGUCAUGCACCACCAACUUCUUUUUGGUUUUUUGUUUGUUUGUUUUUCAAGACAGAGUUUAUCUGUGUAAUUCUGGCUGUCCUGAAUCAGCUCUGUAGACCAGGCUGCCCUUGAACUCACAAGAGCUCUGCCUGGGAUUAAAGCCACCACAAGGGGCUUCUUCCCCUUGUUUUCAUGUGUGCUGGAGUCAUGCAUGAAAAUUAGGUCAUGCCUUCAGUAUCUUGCUCUUUAAACCUGCCCCUUGACAGUCAGGUACUGGCUUCAUCUUAUUUUCUUAAGUCCCUAUACACCUUAUAGCUGAACUGAUUCUCUAUUAAUAAGCAACCAAAUUGCAUUUAAAAUUGGCAAGAUUCCAGGGCUGAAGAGAUGGUUCAGCAGUUAAAGCAGUUGACUGCUUUUCCAGAGGUCCUAAGUUCAAUUCCCAGCACCUACAUAGUGGUUCAUAACCCUCUGUAACUGUAAUCCCAUGGGACCCAAUGCCCUUUCCUGGUGUGCAAAUAUACAAAACACCCAUAUACAUAUACAUACAAUACAUAAACAAGUCCUACAGAUUGGCAAGGCUCCACCUAUUCUAGAACACUGGCUGGUGUUCAAACUCAGUGGAAAGAGACCUAGAGAAAGUAAGAUCGGUUGGCUGAAUUUUCCUAGUGACAGCCCCUUUCGAUCUAUCUUGCCUUCUGUUGACCUGUCAGGUCAGCUUUUUAAACAUGUUUAAUCAUUCCAAAAAGCACCUGAGCUCUGUGUGGUGGGGAUGGCAUAAGGGUGUAGUUACAUGGGCUUCUUCCCCUUGUUUUCAAGUGUGCUGGAGUCACACAUGAAAAUUAAGUCAUGUCUUCAGUAUCUUGCUCUUUAAACCUGGCCCUUGACAGUCAGGUGCUAACAAUUGUGUUUUAUUAAAACCACCACAUAAGUAUUGCUGCAUGUCCAGUCCUUCAGGAAGGAAGAAGUGUUUUGCUUCUGUUGGGUCGUGUUAACAGUGGGUGUUUGUUACAUCUGCUUGCAAGUUCAAGUUUGCACAAUCGUAGUCUCCAAGAUCCUCACUUAAUAUCCUAGGCACUGGGUUCGGCUUUCUUCUUUUAGCACAGGAUGCUAGUGUUACGUGUACAGUCUGUUGCGUGAGUUCAGCAUGGAGACCUCAGUGACCCAACAGUCUGUGUUCUUUUUGGUGCCAGAUCUGAAGUCUUGCAGAGCAUAACCUAUUUUUUUCUCCUGUGCACACUCUAAUAAUACCCACUAAUCCCCACGUGUGUGUAUUGCUUCCUACAUUACUUGUUUUUGUUAAAGUGUAAAGACUUAGAAAGCCAGCUUAAGUAAGGCUGGUGAGGUAGCUCAGCUGAAAGAAUGCUUGCCUCGAAUGCUAGAAGCCCCGUUCUGUCCACAGCACUGUAUAAAACCAGGUGUGGUGGCCAUAUCAGUAAACCCAGCACUUCUUUGGAAGAUGGGAAGUAGGAAGUUAUCCGAAGUUACAAAGUGAAUGCCAGGCCAACCUAGGUAUAUAAAACUGCCUAAAAAUAACAUAAAAGGAUAAAAUUCUACCAACUGGUUAGUUUUCUUCUUACUUUUUUUUUUUUUUUUUAAGAAUCCUUUACUUAAAUAAGACCUCUAUCCAAGUCUUAUUUAAAGUGUCUCAAGUUUUCUGGCUACCAAAUCAAAAACCCGUGUCAUAAACCGGAGCAGUAUGUGUUGUUAAUUUUUACAAAAGCUUUAUGUAUACUCUAUUACUAUAGGUGCUUAGACACCGCUUCCCUUGGGUCGCACAUCAGCAUAGAGCGUUGUAUAUUACAGUGAGCAUCUGUAACUUAAGGUGAUUAUACAGGUAUAUAUGCCUUUGUAACCUUUAUAUUGUAAAUAAAAAGCUGCUUUUAGA